AUGCAUGCAUAUGUUCAAGUGUGAUAUAUGAAAUGAAAGUGAAAUCAAUUGUUACUGUUAUCUAAAAUUUGUGUAAUAAACUAUAGGCCAACACAAUUAUUUAUGUGUUACGUUGAGUAUCGAACUGGACCAAACCGAAAUUUUAAAAUCUUUUCAAUCUUGUGUUAAAGAAAACGUUCUCAGAUAUCAAAAGGCCUGGCUUCAUAAUAUUUGUAAAAUGAGUGUCGUUGGUAAACAACUUAAUUCCUUGCAAACAAAUUCUGACAUCAAUGGAAAAGAUACUAGAGAAAAAAGUUCAAAAACUUCAAUGCCUGGAAAGUUUAUAUCACCAAAUAACGUUCUUAAUUUAAACGAAAUAACAGAGGAAUAUUUAUGUUCUAUUGAUGACAACAUUUACGAUAUUGAUUUUACACGUUUUAAAAUACGUGACCUGGAUUCGGGUGCAAUUUUGUUUGAAAUAGCAAAGCCAAGCGAUCGAUUUUCACCUAGUUCGGAAGACAAAUUGAUAGACGCAACAGAGGGAAUGUCCAUUAGAGAUUCAGGAGAUGCAAAUGCUGGUCGAUAUGUACGAUAUCAGUUCACUCCAGCUUUUCUCGGACUGAAAAAUGUUGGAGCAACGGUGGAAUUCACAGUUGGCAGCAAACCCGUAAAUAAUUUUCGGAUGAUAGAACGGCACUUUUUCCGAGACCGGUUGCUUAAAACAUUUGACUUUGAAUUUGGCUACUGCAUUCCAUAUUCCCAAAACUCUUGUGAACAUAUUUAUGAGUUCCCUAACCUCCCUUCUGAGCUAGUUUCAGAAAUGAUCGCUAGUCCAUUCGAAACUCGCUCGGACAGUUUCUAUUUUGUUGAUAACCGUCUUAUCAUGCACAACAAAGCAGACUACGCUUACGAUGGUGGUAUGUUUAUUUAAAUGGACGUAUUCGAGGAUAUUGGAAUCAAUUCUCACCAAAAGCCAUACAAGCCUUAUUACUAAUAUUGUUCUACAAUUAACUGUUAAUUUAUGUGUAAGAAUCAAAAGCUAAUAAAAAUAUUUGAGAUUGUA